UGAUCGAUGAGCUCUGCCGGGGAUAUCCCACGAGACGCGCAAUCUGCAGGAUUAUCGUUCGAUACAACGUGAGUCCAAUAUUUACGCGGCAAGACCUCCAGUAUCGAUGAAGUUCUGUUGGACACGUAAGUGUUCCAUUUUCAGGGAUGUCCUGAGAGCCACUGAAGCAUUAUAGUCGAGCCCGUUGAAGCAUGGUGUUCUACCUGGAAGCGCUUGCGAGAUUCAGCAACUUGCUUCAUCAGCUUCGCUAGUAGUUCAGCAGCGUUAAGUUCGAGGCGUGGAAGAGACACCUGCCGCACGGGUGCCACCUUUGUCUGCACUGCUAGCAACGUACCGUCGACCUUGCCAUUCUGAUCCACCGUUCUGAGGAACACAACUGCCGCAUACGCUUCCUCAGAGGCAUCAGAAAAGCCGUGGAGUUGGAUUUGAUCCUCGUAGUUGGGUGCCCAUCGUGGAAUGUGCUUCGUGUUGGGCCCAUCUGUCUGCGGGCUUACCUUGAUCGUGAAGACAUCCUUGUCCGGAAUCCAAUGAAUUCCUAGAGCCUUCACCGUAUCCCGUUCAUCGCAUCCGGAAAUUGUUUACGUAUUGGCGUACCGUGCUGGUUUCAGGUAGCAAUUCUAAAACCGCCAGACCCUACGAGUACAGGACAAGUUAAAGUUGGAGAGUAGAGUAAGGAAGAAGAAGAAUAGAUGUCAGCUGGUUGAUAACCAGGCCUUAAUGAUCUUCGUUUUUUAUGCGCUUUGUCUAAUCUUCGUUUUUUUUUCAGUUGCACGUAUUCCGACUAAGCUGUAUAAGUCCCUCUGUUGAAUCAUCGAUUGCAAUUAAUCGUCAGAAUAAAUUAAUGGCAGCAUGACUCGAUAAGCUCUGUCUAUCACAUUCUUGAAUAGAAAUCAGUCGUAAUCAUGCCUUGGUUUGAAGCUCACAACUUCUUCGAUUCACUCCGUCCGGUUUACGUUGUUUCGAAGUUCUUUCACGUACACUUCGAAACCGUGGACUUCAAAGAGCAAACCAUUCGCCGAACUCUCGUCGAUCAAGUCCGCUUCGUUCUCAGUACAAUGAUGGAUUUAUCCUUCCUAGUUAGGAGUGCGCAUGCUAACAUUCCCUAUCUGCACCUUACGGACUCCGUUCUGGUCAAUGUCGGAAACUACUUGGGCCUCAUGCUGCUCGUGAUGUUGACGUACACUCUGCCACUGUGGAAUCACUACAAAUCCAGAGAAAUAUUUCAACUCUACACUAGCAUCAACGACUGUGAUAGGAAACUCAGGAAGUUGGGAAUUUGUAUCGAUCAUCGAAACCAUCGUAUUUUCAGCACGACGAACAUUGUUGCAUCCAUGUGUAUUUCAGUGAUCAUUACUCUCAAUGGAUUAUCCGUUCGACGAAACAAGGCAUUUGACAAUGACAAAUACACCAAACUGGAAACAGAUGUGGCCAUAUUUCGAUUGUCCACCAAUUUCAGUUUGUUCAUCAGCUACACCAGGUUGACGCUCAUGUCGAUCAACGGACGGCUCGAUAAACUCCAGUAAGCUGU